AUGUACAGGGUAGCCACAAGAAACGUCGCCGUUUUCCUGCCUCGUUGCCGCUCUCUUUCGCACUUCUUUCCUUCGCCAUUUUCCUUUUUCAUUUCAUCUGUUCCCUCUCGCUUCCUUCGGCUGGUUUCUGGAUUUAUUGUGAGUGCCAUGAAUGUAUCAAGUUAUGUGGAUAACAAGGUUUCGAGACGGAGUAGUAGGACUACCAAGAAGCCAAAAGUACCCAAUAAUGUUUUGGAUGAUAAAGAUCUUCCUCACAUAUUAUGGUGGAAGGAGAGGUUGCAAAUGUGCAAAAAGUUUUCAACUGUCCAGCUAAUUGAAAGGCUUGAAUUUUCUAAUUUGCUUGGCCUGGAUUCCAAAUUGAAAAAUGGAAGAUACUUGAACUCCCAUAUUGUCUUGCUUGAGGAAUGGUGUUAUUAUGAGAAAGCUGAUGGAAGAAUCCAUCUCCAUUUGUGUAGUCUGAAGGAAGGAACGCUCAACUGGGAAAUGUUGCAGUUCAAGCUAAAAUUUCCACGUCAAGUUGGGGAAUUUUAUGAAGCUUGGGGAAUAGAUGCUUGCGUCCUUGUUGAAUAUGCUGGUUUAAAUCCCUGUGGUGGUCUGCAAUCAGAUAGUGUUCCAAGGGCUGGUUGUCCUGUUGUGAAUCUUCGACAGACUUUAGAUGAUCUGACUCAAAAUGGUUUUUCGGUGUGCAUCGUGGAGGAAGUUCAGGGCCCAACUCAAGCUCGAUCCAGGAAACUCCGAUUUAUAUCUGGGCAUGCUCAUCCCGGAAAUCCCUAUGUAUAUGGACUUGCUGCAGUUGAUCAUGAUCUUAACUUUCCUGAGCCAAUGCCUGUAGUAGGAAUAUCUCAUUCUGCGAGGGGCUAUUGCAUGAACAUGGUGCUAGAGACUAUGAAAACGUAUUCUUCUGAAGAUUGCUUGACAGAAGAGGCAAUUGUUACAAAGCUUCGAACUUGCCAAUGGGGAGAAUUCGGUGAGGGAGGUCUCUUAUGGGGAGAAUGUAGUUCUAGGCAUUUUGAAUGGUUUGAUGGCAACCAUCUAUAUGAUCUCUUGGUCAAGGUAAAGGAGCUUUAUGGUCUUGAUGAUGAGGUUACUUUUCGAAAUACAACCGUAUCUUCGGGAAAUAGGGCUCGACCAUUAACCCUUGGAACUUCAACUCAAAUUGGUGCCAUUCCAAUGGAAGGAAUACCUUCUUUGUUAAAGGUUCUGCUUCCACCAAGUUGCAAUGGAUUACCUGUGUUGUGA